UCUCGCCCCGUAGCGCACCCGUUUCCUCGCUUCAUCUCGCACAUCCCGUUUGAUUUCCAUGGUUAAUUCGCUGCAGCACUGCGGCAUCCUUCCCAUCCAAAUCUCGCCCAAACCGUCCCCCAAAUUCGUCAAAUCAUCUUCCUCAAUCCGAAGUGGACCGAACCCCCAGAAGCAGAUCAAGAAGCGAUGCCUGAGAUGCGGCGAACUUUACCACGACAACAAUAACUCCCCCACCGCCUGCUCCUUCCACGGCCACACCACAGGGGAAAGAGGGUUGCUGUCCAUGGCGCCGCCGCACCAGGGCAUUGACGGGGAGUGGAGUGAUCGCAGCGGGGUAAUCGUGUACAGGUGGAACGACAAGGGGGAGAGGCCUAACACCGGCCGCGCCAACUGGAAGAAAAGGUGGACCUGCUGUGCCGAGUACGGGGAGGACGCGCCGCCCUGCCGCCGGGGCCGCCACGUCUCGUACGACGAUGGAUUUACGCUCUAUUGAUCCCGUUCGAGGAAGCACCUCCGAUCAUUGGAGGCGCCUUCCAGGGUGAGAGGCGUCCAUGCGCGUUGUGUAGACUAACAAUUUACUCUCUCUGUAUAUAUUCUUGUUAAUGGUGUAACUCUAAAAUACAUAUGAUUUAUGUUGCUAGUGUGACUUAAAUAAUACACUU